GAAAUGGGAAGAAAAAUUGUUAGAGAAAAAUGUGUUGAUAAACCUGGAAAACGUUGCAGAUUAUGGGAGGAAAGAGACGUCUAUCAUGUCCUAACAAAAAACACUGGUACAAAAAUAAUUGAAGGUAUAAUCAUCGAUAAUAAAAGGGAAUCGGGCAAGAUGCUCAACUUGAGUGUCGAUGCCUUCUCAAAAUGAAAAAUUGAGAUUGCUCAAAGUGCUUUGCCUAUUAAAUUGUGAUGAUCUCAAAUUUCUUUCUAAUGAGCUACGGCUUUUAGAUUGGAAAGGAUGCCCUUUAAGAUCGUUACCUUCAAGCUUUCAACCGGACAACCUUGUUGCACUUCUUUUAUCAUAUAGUCGCAUUCAACAACUAUGGAAGGGAAACAGACCCUUGUGUAAGCUGAAAAUGAUGAACCUUGAAGGGUCCCAAAACCUGAUCAAGACACCAGAUUUCACAACGGCAUCAAAUCUUGAAGUUCUAAUAUUGAAAGGUUGUACCAAAUUAGUGGAUAUUCAUCCAUCAAUCGCAGUACUUAAGAGCCUUCAAGUUUUGAAUUUAAGAGAUUGCAAAAGUCUUAGUAGUCUUCCGACCAUAACUGGAAUGGAAUCUCUUGAAACAUUAAUUCUUUCGGGUUGCUCAAGUCUUGUAAGGUUUCCGGAGAUUGAUGGGAAAAUGGAACGUCUAAAAACUCUAGAUCUUUCCGGUUGUUAUAGAGUUGAAAAUUUAUCAGAGAAUUUGCAGCAUGCAAAGUUUUUGGAAGAGCUCGACUUGAGAGAAACAGCCAUAACAGAACUACCAUCCUUCAUUUUUCAAUUUAAAAAUCUUAAAGUUCUGUCUUUCAAUGGAUUCAAAAGAGGAAGAAAAAAUUCCAUGGCUCCGAUGUUACCUUCAUUGUCAGGUUUGAGUUCAUUAAGAGAGUUGAAUCUAAGGGACUGCAAUCUUUGUGAAGGAGAUAUUCCACGUGAUAUUUCUGGUCUAUCCUCUUUGGAAGAACUUAAUCUUAGUGGUAACAAUUUCACCAGCAUACCUGCAUCUCUUACUCGACUCUCCAAGCUUGAAGAGCUUAUAUUGUCAAAUUGCAACAUGUGCACUCUUGGUGAAGUAGAUAUUCAUGGUCUAUCCUCUUUGGAACGGCUUUUUCUUAACGGUAACAAUUUCAUCACCGUUCCUUUGGCUCUGGCUCAACUUUCCAAGCUUAAAUUGCUUGGAUUAUCAAAUUGCAUGAAGCUUAACUCGUUGCCUGAGCUACCAACAAGUAUAGAAGAAGUGUGGCUAGAUGGUUGUUCUUCACUUGAAGUAGUUGCAAGUCCAUCAAAAGUAUGCAAGUUAGUGGAUUCGGCUGCUAUUAUAGCCUUUAACUGCUUCAAAUUGGCUGAGAAUAUCAACGCAUUAACACUGCUGAGAAAACAUCUUAAGGCAUUUGCAAAUUCAAGAAAAAUGUUUGAUAUUAUCAUGCCAGGAAGUGAAAUCGCAGAAUGGUUUAGCCAACAAAAAGGUGACUUCUUUAUUAAGAUUCCCUUACCUAUCAACCUUCAAGAGGAUAGUGAAUGGAUUGGAGUUGCUUGUUGCUGCAUUUUUGUCAAUAGUGAUGCUUCAAGGGAUGCGGGCUUUAUCGACUGUCGAGCGUUAAUGUAUGGUAGAAAUCAUCGACGGAUUGAGGGUGGAGGCUAUUUGGUGGGUAAACGAUUCAACAUGCCCAUAAUGAAAGAUCACAUUUUUCUUCGUUAUUGGUCGCGUGAUAAAUUAUAUCCAUUUUCCUUGAAGGAUAAAUAUGGUGGCUGUGAAACCAAUAAUUUACGGGCAACAGGCUUAGAUCAUAAAUGUGAUGGGCUUUGUGUGUUUUUCAAUGGUCAUAGCCUUAAGGUGAAGAAGUGUGGUGUUAGAAUAGUGUAUGAGAAAGAUUUGGAAGAAAUAGAAGAGUUGCAGUGCCAUAUCACUCAAUCUUCACCAGAUUUUGAACACAUCCACCAACACUCUGCUCAAAACGAUGGAUCAGUAGGUAGCACUUCUGACAUAAAACAAAAACGAAAUAUCUCCGAGGAAGCGGAGGAAGAGGGGCUGCAACCAAAAUUGAUGCAAAAAUUUUUCAAAUUUAUAAUGGGCCAAUCAGGGAAGAAGCAUUAACUGUGGUUGAAAUAAAUAUAAUCAACUUGACAUAGAAAUGUAGAGAAAAUGGAUAGCUUCCGUGACAAAACAGGGAAUCAGGCAAGAUGCUCAACUUGAGUGUCGAUGCCUUCUCAAAAAUGAAAAAUUUGAGAUUGCUCAAAGUGCUUUGCCUAUUAAAUUGUGAUGAUCUCAAAUUUCUUUCUAAUGAGCUACGGCUUUUAGAUUGGAAAGGAUGCCCUUUAAGAUCAUUACCUUCAAGCUUCCAACCGGACAACCUUGUUGCACUUCUUUUACCAUAUAGUCGCAUUCAACAACUAUAGAAGGGGAACAGACCCUUGUGUAAGUUGAAAAUGAUAAGCCUUGGAGGGUCCCAAAACCUGAUCAAGACACGAAACUUCACAACGGCAUCAAAUCUUGAAGUUUUAGUGUUGAAAGGUUGUUAUAGAGUGGAAACUUUAUUGGAGAAUUUACAGCAAGCAAAGUUUUUGGAAGAGCUCGACUUGAGAGAAACAGCCAUAACAGAA